AUGUGGAUUAUAAACUGGUUCUACGACCUCCUGGCCUCCCUGGGCUUGCUCAACAAGCAUGCCAAACUUCUCUUCCUCGGUCUGGAUAACGCCGGAAAGACGACUUUGCUACACAUGCUCAAGAAUGACCGAGUAGCAAUCCUGCAACCUACUGCACAUCCGACUUCGGAGGAACUGGUGAUUGGUAACAACCGAUUUACGACCUUUGACCUCGGUGGUCACCAGCAAGCUCGUCGUCUCUGGAAGGACUACUUCCCCGAGGUCAGCGGCAUCGUCUUCCUGGUCGAUGCCAAGGACCACGAGCGGUUCGCGGAGUCCAAGGCGGAACUGGACGCCUUGUUGGCCAUGGAGGAAUUGGCCAAGGUUCCCUUCCUGAUCCUGGGCAACAAGAUCGACCACCCGGACGCAGUGAGCGAGGACGAGCUCCGGCAUCACCUGGGCUUGUGGCAGACGACAGGCAAGGGCAAGGUUCCGCUGGAGGGCAUCCGGCCGAUCGAGCUGUUUAUGUGCAGUGUUGUGAUGAGACAGGGUUACGGUGAGGGUAUCAGAUGGCUGUCGCAAUACGUCUAA